AUGCCUAAGGAGAUGGUGGAUGAUCCGACCCAGUAUCGGGGCCGAGUCACAUUAACGGAACGUUUCUUGUACCUCGUCAAAAAGGCUUACGAGGGCGGCGAGGCCAUCAAUACCAUGAAUGCUCUAGAUUGGGUCGGUCCAGAUAGCAGCAGAGUCGAUGAAGAAGAUGACGAUUAUGUCUCAAUGGGCGAAGGGGGUGAUGAAAGCAUCGGUGAAAUGAAGAAAAGCAAGGAAGACAAAGACAAGUACUCGGUUAUGACCCGCAGCUCAACGAGAAGACAGGAUGCUGAGUCGACACUCGAAGAGUUGCGGACUGGCACCGAACAACUUAGCAUUGAAGGCCAAUCUCAUCCAUACUCCAGUCUUGAAUGGAAACGUGGUUCAAUAUCUGUUUCCUUUGAUGACUCAAAAAGCAAGUGGUACUAUACUGCCCAAAGAAAGAGAGUAUAUAUUCAGCUUCACGAAGACCCAGAUGAAGGCGACAUUUUCGUUAUGAAUAAUCUCCGUCAUCGCGCGAGGAAAUAUACAUAA